AUGGACCUGUGCUGCGUUUGCAAUGAGCCCCGUCCCUCUGAGGGCUUUGCCAGCGCGAAUGCAGAGACGCCUGCCAGUCCCUCCAGGAAGUGCAGCGGCGGGAAAUCUGAACCCGAAGUGCCGCGAUCUCGUCUGCCGUCCUGGCUGUGCUGCCGAAGGCGAGCACGCCAGUUGACCGAAAGCGAACCGAGCAGUGCGGAGGUGGCCUGGCAAAGGGGCUAUGGGCGUUACAAGUACUGCGGGCUGCGGGAAGAUCCUUCCGGGAAGCCUCCCGAAUGGCAGGCUCAAAAAACACUCCGUGCUCUUCCCUUGCCUGAAGUCGAUGCUGAAGAACGGGCAGGAGUUCAGGCUCUGUCCCGGCGCGUGUCGGACCUCAGUUCCGUGGCGCUACGGACAGACUUCUGCACACUCCUCCGAUUUUUACGCGAAGGUGGCAGUGUGGAAAAGGCAGAAGACUGCUUUAGGAAAGCAGUGCAGUGGCAACAGGAGAACGACGUGGGAAGAGCGCUGACCCACUGGAAUCUGGAGCUCUGCGAGCGCUGCCUUGCGCCGUGGUGGCCGACUGGUGGAUUCUUAGGAAUUGGCUUCGACGGGGAGCCUGUAGCUCUGGAGCGUAUUGGACGUGCUGACUGGACGUCUCUCCACGACAAUGUCUCGCAUGACCUCCUGCAGAAGAUAGACAUUGUGCACUGCGUGCGAACGUUGGCUGGCGUAGAGGAGGACAGUCUUCGCAGAAAUGUACCCUUCGUCGAUGCUACGCUGGUGGAAGACCUGCAAGGAAUCAGUUGGCGCAACUUCAGCCCACGCACGCUGAAAGCUUUGGGGAUAAUCCUGAAAUCGAGGAUGCAUAUGGUGCCCCGAUCGGGCCGCCGAGUGCUCAUCAUCAACGCCCCGGCGGCUUUUUCAGCUGUGUGGAACACGCUCAAGCACCUCCUAGUCAGCCCACACACAGCCACGAUUGUCCAGAUUGUCAGUGUCGAGGAUUCACUUAAGGUGCUCCGUCAGCACAUGGACGAUUCCAUAAUCCCCGCAUACCUCGGUGGCUCCAGGACUGUCAACGGUGACCCAGAGUGUCGGCCGUUCUUGGCGCCGGGGGGAACACCGCCGCAGGCUGUGUUCGAUCACAUGCGACGCCUGAGAACGGGCUGUCUCUAA